CCUCCCGCUCGCCACAAGCCAAAUCCUUCAGCCACACACUGCUCCACCAAACCCACCACUCAGCACGGGAUGCUCAUGACCGCCGCCGUGCACAUGGACUCCGCCGCCCGCGGUCUCGGCCCGUCACCCUCCCCUUCCGCCUCGGCGCCGCCGCCAUGGCUCCCCGUCCUUGCCGAUGACAACAAUCGCCACCGCCAGCUCCUCCGCGACUUCGCUCCCACCCCGACGCCCGCCACCGCCGCGCCGCCAAACCACCACCAAAACCUCCGCCCCGCGGGAACGCGCCGCGUGGCCAAGCGGCGCCCGCGCCCGUCGCGGAAGCUGCCCACCACCUACAUCGCCGCCAACCCCGCCAGCUUCCGCCGCAUGGUGCACCAGGUCACCGGCGCCGACGACCUGCCUAUGCCUCCUCCUCCUGCGCCUCCGGAGACGCUCUGCCGACCGGCGCCCUACCGCUCUGGCACUGCAUCCGGCGCGAUGAUGCUGCCGACGCUGGACACGUCGGCGUUCCUGCUCGCCGCGCCCGGAGCGGCGGCGCGGACGGACGCGCCGUGCGCUGGCCCGGCCGCGCCGGCGCCGGCGCCUGCGGUGGAUCGGACGGAGGCCGGCGGGGCUAGCAACUACAGCAGCAACAGCAACAGCGGUAGCAGCUAAUUACUUCUCCGAUUUCUCUCUCCCCCCAAAGGAAGAUCUUGUUGCUUUUACUUGGAAUGAAUGAACAACGCCAACAGGAGAGAGCAACCAAUUGUCAUGUCUCGCUUCUGUCGUUAAUUAGGAUGGGUUUCGAUCACGAUCAGUGCAUUCAUUAUUCAGCUUAAUAACAGGGUAAUCGAAAAUAAAAUAAAUAUUAAA